AAUGUUAUUCUGCAUUUGAGUGGUCACCCCCCCGCCCGAAAUCUCUCAUUAUUAAAGAGAUAAAAACCGUUUAAAAUGAUAACUUAUGACAAAAUAAAAAUGAACUGCCGAGCCAGAGAGUGUAUCAUAGAGUAAUCUUAGGAGUAUAUUUAGCACGGUUCAGUUCUGUGCUAAUAAUCCAUCUCCAAGUGGCAACUUCCAACAGUACUUCUGAAGAAUCUAAAAUCUGUGGUAUAUAGUGACACCACGAUUUAAGAUAUAUUAUUUAAGUAUUAAGUAUAAUGUCUUAAAUCGUGAUUCGUGAGUGAUACACUGACACUUGUGGUUAAUCGUGAAGUCGUGAUCGAUUAAUAUGUUUGUACGUAUCACAUUUUUAUUAAAUUUUUUAAGUGGACGAAAAAAAAAUAUGAUAUUUUUAAAUCUUAAAAAAGAACCAAGAAAGCCGAGUUAUUUUUGUCUACGUCUAUAUGUAUAAUCAGAGUACAAUCAAAAUAUAAACCUGUAAGAUGGCUAUUUCCAAUAUAGAAAUGCACAAUCGUGUAACUCACCAUUUGGAGAAUUCUCAUAUUAUAAUAUCAUCUGAAAACGAAUGGUUUAAGCAAUGUGUGGAUUUCUUCAUGUCAGAUAAUCCAAAUUGUGAUGCAAAAGAUUUAUCCGCAAUGGUGGUUGAACAAUUAAGUUUAUCUGAUUUUCAAGAAAUUGCAUUGUUUAGUUUACCAGCCAAUUUAAAUAAUUGUGAAAAAAAAGUUUUGACUGGAAAAUAUUGCCUUCAGGUGAACACAAUUCUUGAUGUUGGCCAAUCGUGUUAUUCACAAUAUAAUAUAUUAGUAAAAAAAGACACAAGUAAUACUGAAAUUAGUGAUAAUAAACCAGCCCCCUGGGAACCUAAAUCACAUAGAAUGUUAAAAAUGAUGUGUUCUGAUGGUCAACAGGAUAUAGUGGCUAUGGAAUAUGAGCCAUUACAAUGUCUUAAAGAACCAUUUAUACCUGGCUUCAAGAUUGUGGUUGUUGGACCAGUUGAAUAUAGAAAAGGAGUGUUACUAUUAAAAUCUAGUAAUGUACACUUCAUUGGUGGCGAGGUCGAACAUUUAUUAAUAAAAAAUGCACCAUUAAAUGUUUUAUGUAGAGCCCUAAACAAACCUGAAUUAGAAAAUCCGUACAUGUUUUCAAAUAUUGAAGUUGAAAAUGCUGUUAUGGAAGUACAUGAACCACCUGAUAUUAUUCCACCGAGAAAUGUUUCCACAGUUGGUAUAAGAGAACAAAACACAUUAAUACCACCCUCAACUCGCACAAAUCAAAAUAAUAAUAGCAACCGUACUGGAAGUGAAAUUAUUACAUAUGAUGAUUUUUUUGAUGGUGAUGAUGAUUUGUUAUACUUGACUCAAGUGGCAGAAAUUGAAACAAGGCUCACUCAAUCCAAUAAUGUUGCGAAUUCAGUAGCACCAUUACAAACAUUUGAUACACACGAACAUAAUACCAAAAUCAAUAAAACUACAAUUUCAGUUCCUAAAAAUAAUAACGUAACAAAUAAGAAGCCAGCAGUUACUGCGAGACAGACUAAAAUAUCUGAUAUGUUAGGUCCAAGUACUUCAACAGCAUAUAAAAGUUCUGUAUCUGAACCAAUUAGGUGUCAAAAUGAUAGGACAAUAGAAAACAAUAGCAUGAAUAUCAAACAAAUAUCAGGAAAACGUAUCGCUAGUUCACCAGUAUACACAGAAACUAAAAGGCCAUCAAUUGAACUGCACAGACCAGAGGAUGAUUGGGGUGAUAUUGAUAUGGAUAUUGAUGUCUCAAAUCCAUUGAUUAAAGUCCUAAAUUCUGCUUCUAUUGUAAAGAACUCAAAAAUACAAGUGAAACAAAAUGAAUGGAUAUGUUCUGGUAUCAUGAUGGAUGAAUCAAAACAUGAAGAAGUUGAGUUCUCAUCAGAAGUAUUGGAACGUUUAAUUGGAAUUUCAUCCGAAGAAGUUCUUCAGUUAAAAAACAAUCCUUUAAACUGUGCCCCACUAAAAGAAAAAAUCGAAAAAGGAAUUAAAGGGGCGUAUAGAAAAUUGCAUUUAUUCAAAGGUAAGAUAACUUUGACAUAUUCAUUAGAUGGAAAAAAAAAACCAACUAUUACAGACAUGGAAUUAAUAUAACUGUAUAAUUAUAGUACAUUAUGCUGAAUAGGUUUGUUCAGUAUAUAAUACCUAUUAAUGAUAAACAAUAAACAUUAUUUAAUAUUUA